AUGGCUAGAAGUUUACUUGAUAUCAUCAACAAAUGGAAUACCGAUAAAUUAUUCGACUUUUUGAGAAGUCAAGAAUUAAAUCUCAAUGAAGAAGAUUUUUUAAUUCUAAGGAAUCAAAAAAUUUCAGGUUCAAGUUUUCCUUUACUAAGUAAAAAAGAUCUUCGAUGUCAGCUAAAAGUUGGCCCUGCCGUAGUGCUUUCAAAUUUGAUAACGGAGAUUAAUACUAACAUAGAAAACUUUAAAUGGAUGUACUCUAGAUAUUUUUACAUCAUUCCUUUCGAAAAGUGGUCAUUCGAUCAUUUUGAAAGAUGGGUUUUACAAAAUUAUACUGUACCGAAAAAAGAAGUUUAUGCUCGAGGUUUUUUUAAAAUUAUUCAGAAAAUAAAAGAAGAUCCUAGGACUUUAAAAGAGGUCAAAGAAAUAAUGUUAAUUUUGGAUAAAAAGGCUACCCUUUUCUGGGUAUAA